AUGUCCUCAUCCCCGUCGUCACACAAUGAGGUCCAGCUCUCAAAAGAUUUCUUCUGCACCCUCCUCGCUGAACUUUCCAUACUCGUCUUUCAAGAGUUCGGUUGCCAAAUCCGCCUAUUCAUCCAUGGUGGCGCAGUGAUGAUCCUACACCCAAACCUCUCCACAUCCAGUCGUCGACGAACUACCAGAGAUAUUGACUAUAUACGUCGUGCAUUCGGGCAUGAGUGGCGGAAGCGAGGGGUCUAUGACGCUGAAGAGCGCUUACAGCGUUGCAUCAAUGCUGUUGCCGCCAAGUUUUACAUUGGCACCGACUGGAUGAAUGCAGACCCUGAUGUAGCCCUCCCAUUUGCCCACAACUCACAAGGGCAGUUAUACGACCCCAUCUACCACGACUCCAAGCAGGCGAACAACAUUGAUAUGAACACCGUCUAUCAAUCGCAAGGUCUCGUUGUCAUUAGCGUCACCAUGUUAGGGCGUGUUGCUCUCAAGCUCGUACGCUACAAGAAAGAUGACCCCACUGACAUUGUAGCCAUGUUGCGCCACGGCACGAGACUCAACGGUGUCCAAUGGACACCCCACAUCAUGGAGACGUGGAUUAAGACCCUGCGCUGGCCCAUGGGCUACAACACCUACAAACCCGAGCAAGCGCAGGAACUAAUUCCACUCUGUAGGCUGUAG